AUCUUGCUGGAUCUUUCUCCAACAGAAAUCUGAGAUGACACCUCGGUCAUCCAUUCAAUUUUUCAAGUUCUCUCAUCUAUCUCACGUUCGAAGGGCCCACAAGAAACACAAGAAGCAAGAAGCUCCCAAACUUCAGGCUCAAUAGACCAUCAUCAUCAUCAUCAUUAUGAGCUCCAAAGCAGCCGUUGUGGAACUGAAAUUCGAGCAAAAGCACGGUACCCGUUCGGAGGGACUGUCGCUGAAUCAUGUCCGCGCAGCCGUCCCUGCGGGCCUCAAAGAUCGCAUCACCCUUCAAGAAUGGUUGGCUACGUACGACAAUGUUUCCACCUUUCUGGUCAAGGAAAAGAGAGACUUGUGGUUGAAGGAAGGCCGAAGAGACGGUGCCGACAUUACCGUGGUGGGAGAAAAUGCUUGGCAAAAAGUUUUAAAGGAAGAGCAAGCGCGGUAUAAGGACAAGAAAGUCCAAAUUGCCUUGGCCAUGAUCAGCACCCAUGCGGAACAUGAGGGCCGACGAGGAUCCGUCCGAUCCAUCCCCAUGGGAAUUCGAUUCGAAGUGGAAGAGGCUAAAACCUUUGAUUUUCCUGGACAAUCCAAUCCAGUGGCCAUGGAUGCUGUUGCGGAAUGUUAGAAACGUUUUGGUUUUUUCAGUGGUGGAGUGGAUUAUUGUAGCUGCCUAUGGCUCCUAGCAAUUAGGAGAGUAUAUUACUAGUAUGGUAUACUGUGGACGGAACGAAUCAAGCGGAUGUGUCAAUAAAAGCAAUGUGCAGUACAAGAAAAUGAAUGUUCAGCCAAAAUUUUAGUUUAUGUUCGAUUAUAAAGUAAACAUCCAAGAGAGAAAUUUUU